AUGGACAUCUGUAUGAAAGAAGAGCUAGGGGCCCCUGCUGACGCAGCAAAGGGCCCCUCGGUGACACCCGUCACCCCGGAGGGAGUUCCUCGGGUGGCCCCCGAGCGGGACUCUCAUGGCUCGAUACAAGCAGGCGAAGAAUCGGCGCCUAAAGAGGUUGACGGGCAGAAAGCAAUCGAUCCUACUCUCUCUCUACACCCUCUGAAGGUGUCCUUCUAUGAGGCAGUGGCCAAGCAACUGCUAGACGAUGAGUUGCACGAGGUUGCAGUGGCCUUAUGUGGGGCCCUGCGCGUAAGGGCCAAUGUAGCGUUGCCACCAGAUUUGCUCUUUUCUAUCUAUAAGGCCGCCGCCUUCCAGCCCUCUCAAGAAGUGGCAGGAGCAGCAGCAGCAUUAACAGCCCAAAAUCUAUUGCUUGGAGGGUCCCCGCCGGACAGCGAUCCUGCUACACGAGGGAUAACAGGGGGUUCGCAAGAAUCAAGUGGGACCUCAGGAGCACUGGCAGCAGCGGGAGCAGCAGCAAGAACUACGGAAGAGGGCGAAACACUCUCACCCACAAGCCCCUCGCGCAGCGGAAGCCUCGCAGAAGACCGGCAGUGGCAGCCCCUGAGGCCUCGUGCUGUACCACCCCUAACGGAAGGAGAGCAGCAGCUUGUUUUUAACCCCUAUCCAAACUCGGAAGGAAGGGGCCCCCCAGGGGCGAUUGAUACAAGGGGUCUCGAGGCCCAGGUCACAUCCACAAUCGUCUGCUCUGCGUCCUUUCAAUACGUGAGAAUGUCGCCUUCAUGUUCGACGCAGGGGUGCGUCAGCGCUGCAUGCAAUGGCGAUAUGAGCGUAGUGGUGGCGGGAGCCCUGGAUGGGUCGGUCCGCCUUCUACCUGUGAAGUCUGGCAGGGAGACUCCGGGAGCCACCGUUGGGGGCCCUCCUAGCAGCAGUCCUCCUGGUGGCGUUGCUGCAGGCAAUGCACGUGUCCUCCAGAAACACGAUGGACCUGUUAGCUCCGUGGUUCUCAGCCCUGACAGCCGGAUCUGCUUCAGUGGCAGCAGUGACAGCACAGUGAAGCUCUUUGACAUCAGCGCCACCAAGGCCAAACCCGCGGGGGGGCCCAUAGAUCUGCAGCUGUUUGACGGAGUAACAGGGUUGUUAGCUAACAAAAUCCCUGAUGCACACAACGGCAUGCCGGUUACAUCUCUUAUGUGGUCUCGAUCAGGAAGAUUUCUACUUUCUUCGGGGUUUGAUGGCCACUCACGAAUAUGGGAUGUACGGCGAGGGCAACAGCUUCUGGCGAUCCGUACCGGUACAAGAACCGACAGGAGAGCAGUGUCGGUAUUCCUGCAGACAGAGGCCUUCAUUGCCUCUUUCUCUGGAGGAGAUUUUAAUAAGAAGAGCGGGAUUUGCGCUAUGGCGGCCUCCCCUUUCAGCUUUUCUGCAGUUACCGGCACGGCGGAUGGAGAGUAUGACCUUGGCAGAUUCCCUGAACUACAGCCACGUGUAUCCGAAACCCGAUAUCCCCAGCUUUUUGCAUUAACUCAUCUUCAAGAAUAG